GAAGGAGAAGUAUAGUCACUUAAUAUACUAACGAGGUUACCAACUUUCCAGUCUCAUUUUAAGUUUUCCCACAAUUUUGUGAUGUCAGCAUAUAAAACAGAAAGCCAUAGAAUUAGGAUCAAUACAAUUUUCAGGUUUUUGGAGUUCUGUUUCACUAGAUGAUGCCAAGGGAAGGUGGAAGAGUGAUUUCAGAGAAAAUUGCAGGUAUAUUAAAUAAAGGUGAACCAGUGUUCUCUCACUGUGUGUGUCCACAAAGUGGCACAAAUUCCAAUGCCACAGACCUGUCAUAUUAGUAAAGUUAUUUCACCACUCAGAGCCCCAGUUUCACCAUCUACAAAAGGGAAGGGGAUUGAAGGUUUAAAAUCCCUUCCAAUUCACAUUUGGGUCUAUGAAAUCAUUAAAAGUAUGAAAAAUGACUCUUGAGAAAUUUUCAGUUUUACUAGAUAGGAGCAGCUGUCAUAGCAAAUAUCAAACAUUCAAUUCUUAUGCAUGAUUAAACAAUAGUUCAUGAAAGUACUCCAAAAAUCAUGAGAUGCAGUCAAUAGUAAUUUCUGUGUCAUCUUUCCAAAAUAUAUCAACUUAAUCUUUGAUUCUUCAUUUCCUAAGAUUUCAGUUUUCUCCUACAGUUUUGCCUACAGUUUAUGGUUAUGCUUUGGCCUCAAAAAAAAAUCAGUGAGAGCCAUUCAAUUUACCUUUCCUAAUUCCUACUCUAGUUAAGAGAUUAUACUAGGGACUAAACUCAGGUCUUAGACUAAGCCCAUGUUGCUGUUUUAGCCAGUUUCUUUAAAACUCACUGAUUCCCCAAAGUUAGAAAUCUUUACGUGUUGCCUGGCGGGUUACGUGCAAGGUUCCACACCUACCUUAGGACACAGGUUUCUAGCAAACCCUGGAAGAUACGGCUGCCCAACCUCGGUAUAAAGAGGGCAGAUACAGCUGCCCUUUCUUCCCACCUCCUUGCUUCACCUGGGAAAAGCGACAGCUUCAUAACCUAAGUCUCUUGUACAGCAAGGGAGAAGCAGCCUUUAUUGCUAAGUUUGCAGUUUCAUAUUUUUCUACAAAGUCCCGACAUUGGGGUCAAUCUGGGCAAAAUGAUCACUAUAACUGAAUUGCUCUUGUUAAAUUCAGGAAUUGAGACACUAGUUGUCGGGUUUCAAGCAAAAUAACAAAGGCAAACAUUAUUAAGACAGCGGGAGCUCUAGCCAUCAGCUAGCUCUGGCAGCAACGGCCAAUCAGCUAGCUCUGGCAGCAACGGCCCACACGCCCCCCUGCCCGGGGCUGGCGGGGGAGCGGCUCUCCGGAAUUGGGUCUGCGUCAACCCGCUCACGGCCUCGCGUCCUUGAGUUGAAACGCAACCAAUCAGGCUUCAGCAAAGCGCGCCUCUCUGCCUGGCCGCGGACUGGGUCUCCGCAGAAGCGCAUGCGCGGGGCGGGGUCCAUUUAUUUGAAUCUAGGAGGCGGUGUUUGAAUUCCGGAGGCUUUGAAGAAGGAGUGUGUUAGAACAUGUGCAAUAAUGUCACCUCAAAAGAGAGUUAAGGACUCUAAGGCACAAAAGAGGACUUCACAAGAUAGUGAUAGUUAUAAGACUAAUCUCUUGGCCUUGAAAGAAGAGGACCUAAAUGACUCAAAGUGCAGCUUAAAACAUGGACAAAACGAUCCAGUGAAAGAUUAUGGACAUGCUGAUGAUGAAGCAGAAGAUGCUCUGAAAAGAGCAGUGAGAUACUUUGAGAAAGGUCCUGUUGAAACUUCACGGAGUAGAGAUAAAACCUUGGAAAAACACUUGAAAACUGUGGAAAAUGUGGCUUGGAAGAGUGGCUUAGCUCCAGAAGGAAUUGACAUUCUACUAAAUGUGGCACUUAGUGGCAAAUUUGGAAAUGUUGUAAACACUCGGAUAUUGAAGUGCAUGAUUCCAACAACUCUAAUAUCAGAAGAUUCUGUGGUUAAGGCGGUCUCCUGGCUUUGUGUUGGCAAGUGUUCUGGUAGCACCAAGGUACUUUUUUAUCGUUGGCUGGUUGCUAUGUUUGACUUCAUUGAUCACAAGGAGCAAAUUAACUUACUCUAUGGCUUCUUUUUUGCCUCAUUGGAAGAUGAUGCACUGUGCCCUUAUGUGUGCCAUUUGCUAUAUUUACUUACCAGAAAAGAGAAUGUCAAACCAUUUCGUGUGAGAAAACUGCUUGGUCUUCAGGCCAAAAUGGGAAUGCAGCCUCACCUCCAGGCUUUGUUAUCGCUGUAUAAGUUCUUUGCUCCUACUUUGAUUUCUGUAUCUUUGCCUGCAAGGAAAAAGAUUUAUUUUAGGAAUUCAGAGAAUCUGUGGGAGACAGCUCUACUUGCUGUGAGGCAAAGGAUUCAGGGACCCCCUCCUGAACCUGUAAAAUUAAUGUUAGGUCCAGCUAAUGUCCAUCCUGUAAAAAGAAAAUGGAAUUCUUACUCAGUUAUACCCAUGCUGAAUUCUAGUAGCUGCAGUAAAGAAUGUGGGAAAAAAGGGAUGGCUCUUUCUGAUUAUCUCCGUAGUAAUGGAUCAUUUCCACUAGAACAGCUUAAAAGCUUCCCACAACUCUUAAAGAACAUCCAUUGCUUAGAGCUGCCUUCUCAGAUGGGUGCAGUGUUGAACAACUCUCUGCUGCUUCACUAUAUUAACGUUGUCAAAGACGAGUCCAUCUUACUGAGACUCUAUCACUGGUUGAGUCAAACAUUACAGGAAGAGUGUAUUUGGUACAAGGUGAAUGAUUAUGAACAUGGAAAAGAAUUUGCCAACUUACUGGACACUAUCAUCAGGGCAGAGUACUUCUUACAAGAGGGGUUCUAUUCCUGUGAAACAUUCCUGUAUAAGAGCCUUCCUCUCUGGGAUGGCCUCUGUUGUCGAUCACAGUUCCUUCAGCUUGUGAGCUGGAUUCCUUUUAGUAGCUUCUCUGAGGUGAAACCACUUCUUUUUGACCAUCUAGCACAGCUCUUCUUUAUAUCAACCAUUUAUUUCAAGUGUAGUGUUCUCCAGAGUCUGAAAGAACUACUGCAGAAUUGGCUGUUGUGGCUUUCUACGGACAUCCACAUGAAACCUGUGAUGGACAGUCCUCUGGAUACCACUUUAGGUGGAUCCGUGAACACUGUGUCUGAACUGAUUGACUACAUAGGGUGGCUGUCCACUACUGCAAUGCGCUUGGAAAGCAACAAUACUUUCUUACUGCACUUUAUUUUGGAUUUCUAUGAGAAGGUAUGUGACAUAUAUAUAAAUUAUAACCUUCCACUAGUGGUAUUGUUUCCUCCGGGGAUCUUCUAUCCUGCUCUCCUCAGCCUAGAUUCCAGUAUCCUGAACCAGCUGUGUUAUAUCAUGGACAGGUAUCGUAAAAAUUUGACUGCUGCAAAGAAAAAUGAGUUGGUACAAAAGACAAAAUCAGAGUUCAAUUUCAGCACCAAGACCUAUAAAGAAUUUAAUCACUAUUUGACAGUGAUGGUUGGUUGCCUGUGGACAUCCAAACCUUUCCAGAAAGGAUUGUACAUUGAUCAUGAAGUCAUAGAAAAAGCUGGAGUAGCAGAGUAUAAAAGCAGUUUAAAUUUAGUUCAUCACCCAGCUCUAUUGAGUUAUACAGUUUCCUUUCUGCUCCAGGAAUGGCCAGAAGAAAGGAGAGUAAACAUGAGUUCUGUUCGGGGAAAGAAAUGGAACUGGUAUUUGGACUAUUUAUUUUCAGAGGGGUUACAAGGCUUGAAACUUUUCAUAAGGAGUAGUAUUCAUCGUUCUUCUACCCCCCUGACCAGAGAGCAUAAACCACAUCAUCAACAUUAAAUGAGUUUUGACUGAAACAAACUGACCAUACCGGACCAAAUUCUUUUCCUUGUUGCUAGAGAGGCCAAGUGGCUCAACUUGAGUUGCCAUAAUCUGUUCACCAACAGACUGCCAUCCUCGGAGCACUUGGACUGGCCUUCUUUGCAUGGCUCAGGAGAGCCUCAGUGUGGCUAAAUUUAUUUUUCAAGAUCUAGAUUCUUUAGCCCACUAGUGAAAACUGACUUCAUCAUCAGUCUCAGCCUUCCACCAGAUUAUACAUAAAGAGAUUCAUCUAUUAGGUGGUGGAAUUUUUCACAUUCUUGUGGACUCUAAGUUGCAUCAGUGGAAGAGAGCAGAUAACAUAUAGUGGCAGUUAAGCCACAGACAUACUCAUGCAAAAAGCCCUGCCGCUUCUGAAACCUCUGGGGAUAUUGCCAUUUUCCUUGUUGUGAACAACAAUGUCAGCAUCAAGUUAACAGGAUACAUUUCUAAUGCUUAAAGCCAGCUCUAGCUAAUUGGUAGCUUCCUGGGCCUUCACUGGUAGCAAUUUGAUGAGAGAAGGAAGGGGAGAGGAUUGUGGGAUAAUCUAAAAUGUUCCCAUUUAUUCCACUUUGAUUUCAUAAAACUGUACUAUUUUGUGUAUGUGUAUAUAUGUAUAUGUUACAUGUCCCGUUUUUACAUGUUCAGGCUCAUUUAAAUAAACCGAGACUUUAUUUUGGGGGAUCAUUCUGAAGCUUUUAAAAAAAUUUUAUCAUAGCUAGAAUAUUUUGCUGAAAAUUCAAAUUCACUGCUACUGAGUAACUCUUCUCCUUUUAAUAAAAUUCAUGUCAUUUGAGAGAAAUUAAGCUGAGUUUACUUUUGGUUUUAAGGGCACAUUAUUGUGGCUUUUGUUUUUCCUCUAAAGCAAAAUAAAACUAUAUUAUUGGAUA